UGCAAAAAAAAAGCAAUUGCACUGUUUGUCAACGUGUGAAAGUGUUUAAUAUAAAGUUUAUUACAUAUAAAUAAAACGAUGAUAAUAUAAUUAAAUAGUUUUAGUGAGUUGCAAUUAUAAAUCUAACCGUCAUACUGUCGUAACGUUGCAAAUACGCCCAUAAUAACGCUGAGACAAAAGCAAAAGGUUUCGCGCCGAAAAAGAAGACAGCAAAAACACGCAUAGCGCUGCGAAAAACAAAGAAAACUCGAUUCUUAAUGGACUCUUUUGCGGGGAAAAUGUGCACAAAUUAAAAGCGAGUGCGUGCGGUUGUAAUUGUGAUCCGUAGAACACCCGUAUCGCUCCCCCAGAACCCGCCCCCGCCCCCUUCUGCCAACAACACACACACACAAUGGCACCAGCGAAAAAACGCGAGAAAGACAAUAAUGCUGAUGGCGCGACCACAAAUGGCCUAAAUUGUCUAUCCCAUGGAUCAGCGGAGGCGUCAAAUGCUGGCUCUACUGUACCGCCGGCGGCGGCUGAGGGACAGGUCAAACUCAAUGGCCACCAGCAGGAGCAGGAACUCUUUUUGCAGGCCUUUGAGAAGCCCACGCAGAUCUAUCGCUACCUGCGCAAUCGACACGAGACCAAUCCCAUCUUCCUCAAUCGCACGCUCAGCUACAUGAAGGAACGCAUGUCGCGGAACAACAAGAAGCGGGCCAGCUUCCAGGUGAACUCCAUGCUGGACAGCAUAACACAGAAAUCGGAGGCGGUGAGCCAAAACUACCUCCACGUCAUUUACGACUCGCUGCACGAGAAACUGCAGGCGGCGGCUUCGGCGACGGCCAACGAUUCUGGCGAGGAUGUGCUGCAGGAGCACCUGCUCUGCGAGGCGGGUGAGCCUGUGAGCGUGGAGACGACGCUCUACAAGAUCACACGCAGCAAGCGCAAGGACAGCACCCUGGACUUCCAGGAGCUGCUCAGCAAGAGCUCCCAGAUCGUUUAUAACCCAAAGGAUCGCGUGGAAGAGCAUGCCACCAUCAGCAUUCCUUUGCAGGCAAUGCGGCCGAUGGGUGAACAGCACACACUGUACAAGCUGCUCUUUCGCAUCAAGGUGCUGGCGCCCAGCACGUGCAACGAUGAGAAUGCAGAAACCCCGCCGAACAAGCGAACGCGUCGAAAUGAGAAGAUGUUUGGCUCGGAGCUGAUAUUGUACGAGAAGUCCAGCGGCUUCAUUACCGAAGGCGAGUACGAGGCUAUGCUGCAGCCUCUGAAUUCCACCAGCAUCAAGUCCUUCUCACCAAAGAAAUGCACAUGGGAAACGAUGCCCGACAGCUACAUUCCACACUCGCUGACCUACGAUGUCUACCAGCAGAGUCCCAUGCUCAAGUUCCACCUCACACUGUCCAACGAACAGCUGCCGGAGAUUAUUUCGGGGCCGGAACUGCAGCGAUAUGUCCAGCAUCUGGAUGCGGUGGCUGCCGAGAUGAAUCACCACAAUAACAAUAACUACAGCAACAACAAUAACUGCAAUGGAUUGAAGAACGGCGUAGGAGGCAGCACCUUGUGCAAAUCCACGCUGGAGCACAUCCAGAUCGUGUACAACUUCAUGUACAGCAACAACACGCGCCAGCAGACGGAGUACACACAGGAACUGAACUGCCCGUGGUGCGGAUUGGACUGCCUGCGUCUCUAUGCCCUGCUCAAGCACCUGAAGCUAUGCCACGCCCGCUUUAACUUCACCUACCAGCCGGCAGGAAGUGGGGCGCGAAUCGAUGUCACCAUCAAUGACGCCUACGAUGGAUCGUAUGCCGGUUCGCCAUAUGACCUGGCCGGACCUUCGGGCUCAUCGUUUGCCCGCACCUGCGGCCCCGUGAGACGCACCUCGGUCACCAGCCUGAUGGUGUGCCGGCCAAGGCGCCAGAAGACCUGCCUGGACGAGUUCCUGGAGCUGGACGAGGACGAGAUCAGCAAUCAGCGUUCGUACAUUACGGGUCACAACAGGCUUUACCACCACACGGAAACCUGCCUGCCAGUGCAUCCAAAGGAGCUGGACAUCGACUCGGAGGGCGAGAGCGAUCCGCUGUGGCUGCGCCAGAAGACCAUCCAGAUGAUCGACGAGUUCUCCGAUGUAAACGAGGGCGAGAAGGAGCUGAUGAAGCUGUGGAACCUGCACGUGAUGCGGCACGGGUUCGUGGGCGACUGCCAGCUGCCGAUAGCCUGCGAGAUGUUCCUCGACGCCAAGGGCAACGAGAUUGUGCGCAAGAAUCUCUACCGCAACUUCAUCCUGCACAUGUGCUCGCUCUUCGACUACGGUUUGAUUGCGGCCGAGACGGUCUAUAAGACGGUACAGAAGCUCCAGGGACUGCUGAGCAAGUACGCCGCCGGACAGGAGCUGAUGCAGCGCCAGCGCGAGGAGCAGCUCAAGUUCUGGCUGGACGUGGGCAUGCACAAGAAGCAGGAGGAUCCCAAGACGCUCAAGUCGCCGCAGAAGCCAGCUCCGCCCGCAGACCAAGCAGCUACCUCGUCGGCCUCCACGUCCGGAAGUGGGGCGGCGGCCAGCUCGAUGCAGCCGCCCAAACGGAUGCCGGCACACCUGAAGCGAGCCAGUGCAGCGGCCGCCACUGGGAAUCAGGGAAAGACAGCGGAAAAUGGCAGCAACGGCGGCACCAACAACAGCAAGAACGUGGCCAAGAAGAGCGCCGAUCAGCCGCUGGCCACCCUGGCCAACACAAGGGAGCGCCGCUCCGAUCCCGGCCAGAAACGCAGUGUCAGCGGAACGCGCCUGGCGGCGGCACCCGCCUCAAAGCGCAAGCUGAGCGCCAAAGAUAAUAUAGCGCCAGGCAAGCGGCAGCGCUACAGCGACGGAAAUGCCGGGACAGGAACCGGAAAUGGACAAGGAAGCGGAAGCGGAAAUGGAGCCAGGAGCAACAAAAGCAAUAACAAUACACUGCCAGCAACCAGUAACAACAACAGUAGUAGCAGCAGCAGCAACAACAGCAGCAACAAACGACCAAUCGUCCGACGUCGCUCGACAUCAGAGCGGACCAAGUCGAGCGGAUCAGGAGCGGGCGGAUCAGGAGGAGCUGCCGGAGGAGUGCGCACCAGGCUAUCGGUGCCGGCCAAAUACGAGAGGCGCUGACGCAGGCGCCGCCGCUGCUGCUGCUGCUGUUCCUCCACCAUCACCACCACCACCACCACCACCUCGUCCUCGUCCUCACUCAUCGCCUCCCGUUGACCACAUGCAUCGCAGGGCUCAGUUUGCUUCAUUGGCAAACGCUUAGCCAGGCCAGGCAAUUUUUACAUACCUAUCUUUAAUGAUUUAUUUCUAUUAUGUUGUGUUAUAUUUUAAUCGAUUUAUGAUGUUGGACAUUUUUGUAAAAACUUGUGUCGGAUUUCAAAUUGACCUCAAAAUCGUUCACUUGGUUCGUUGUUUCAAAUAAACAGCGACACUACAAGCCACUUCAGUUGUGUAGGCCAAUAGCUCGAAACCAGAAACACUUUAGUUUGCCAGAUACUUAAAAAUACAGAACAUACAGGGCUAAUGGAAAACAGAAUUCAAAACUUAUUUGAAUCAUCUUGCUUACUAUUCAUCUUAUUCGGGUCAUGUAAAUUCACCUUUUGUGGCAGAGAAAAUGAGACAAAUUUAUUAUAUGUAAUUAGUGCAGAGUGUAUACAAAUAUAUAUUUACAGCAAUAAGCAAAUCUAUUUUUAAUGCGAAAUGCGUACUUGACAAGCAAAACAUAAUUCCAAAAUCACACAAAAAUACAAAUAUCACUAGAGCCUAUACACCUACAUUUAAACAUACGUGCAUAAUAAAAAUCCACUUCAAACACAAAACUCACACAGUAAAAUUGCUAAAAGCCACUGAAUAAAGUAUGCAUAUAUAUAUUUUUACAGUGCAUAACUAUGGUCUUAAA